AGCAGAGAGAUAAAGAGAAGACCAACCUUAUUGCUAAAUUAGAUGAUGAUAUCAAGGAAAUCAAACAGGAGCAAAUUGCUAUUAAUCUUUCGGUGCAAGGUGAUACAUCCAUACCGAAAUCUCCAAUUAAUUCAGAAUCACAGGUAACUCCCCAAUCAUCCGUUUCGCCACCUAUUGAGGAUGACUCUAAUGCGAAGAAUAGCCCCAAUGUGACUCAACAUAUCUGUUCAGAAUCUAAAACAUUGGAAGAAAAAGAGGACGAUGAAUUCAUAGAUUUGGUAUAUAAGGAAAAAGUUAGCAAUGAGAUAAGACAGAAAAGGCGGGAAAAAAAGUUUCAAGACUCUGCUGAUACUUCCUCUAAUAUUUCUCAUGAGCAAAAAAAUAUCCAAUCAAUUUUUAAUGAGUCAGGGGACCGCGAGCCCGAAGGAAUAUCCAGUGAUCAGGUACAAGGUUCCGAAAUAAAAAUUCUCUACAAUCAGAAAGUAGAACAAGGCAUAAUGCAUGAGUUAAAUGUUUGUUCUAAGGAAAGUAUCUCUAUACAAGACAUAGAUGUGCAAAUUCCUGAACUUCCCCUAGAAUCAAUAUUGAUAGUGUCUAAUGAAGUUACGCCUUAG